GAUGUAUCCUCGGACGAACAGAAUGUCGGUGAAGUGCGUUCUCACUGGAAUGCUAAUCAAAAAGGUCGACGCAUCGACGCCCAGUCUAUCUGGCUGCCUUUAAUGUCCGCACUGAGGCAAGCAGACCAACAUGAUGCUCUUUCUGUCGCACUGGACUUGCUCGGGAUUGAUGUGUGGUGUGUAUCGGAAACAAGAAUUCGUGAUGCAAGCAAGGUGUUUGAACUAACCGCUCCAUCAGUCUCCAUUCGCUUCCGGCUACGCACCUCUGGUGAUCCAGAGGCUGCUGUGGCGGGAUGUGUACGGGUUGAUAUCGUCCAAAGUCACCGGAUGGAAAUAACCUUGUUUGACUGGAUACCUGUUGAUAAUCACCUCCGCGCGGUUCGUCUGGCAACGUCUGUGAGGGAGUCUCACAAGUUGCUCGAUGUCUGUCAAUCGUAUCUGCUUACGCCCCAACUGAUUGUAGCACCGACGCCGUCAGACUGGUUUUACGACACUGAAUGCCCUGUUAAACACGUCGCCUCAUAUGUAAACCGGUUUGUUCCCGAUUUGAACGCACUUCUGGUAAAGUUUGAAAAAGAAACCUUACGUCUGUUGACUUCGGAUGAGAAUCCCGGUGUCUCACAUUGUACACUUGUUCCCAUCCGUCCGGAAUUACCAACCUUGUAUAUCCGUGCGCAACUCGCCGUGUCUGUGUUUUCUCCGCGCGUUGGUAUGCAGAUGACAGCCACAGUCUCGGCCUUAAUGUCUCGUUUGAUCAUAUGCAAAACGGAUAUCCCAAAUGUCAGUUUAAGUGUUCCACUUUGUCCGGAAAAUGAUGUAUCCAACGCUAGCUUGAGUUCCGAGAAGAAGAUUAUGGAUACAACAGUAAGGGUAAACGACGUCAUUCGUGUUCGGUUGUCUGCGGUGUCCCUUCAUCCGAACGUAGUGUUGCUUCGUGGUAACCUCAUUGGUGUUCUCUCUAGUGACGCUGACCCGGUUCCAAUGCUAGCUAGUAAGGAUUUGCAUAAUUCGGGUGAUGGAGGUGACAGUUUAUUUGCAAAGGCAAGGAAACGUAGGAAGGCGAUUUCACCGGAUGUCUUGAAAUCGAAUGAAGAAAUGGUAACCAUCAAAAGUGAACCUGAACCCGAACAAUGGAUUCAAAAAAAGCGUCCUUUUACGGAGAAUGAGCAGCCCGUGGACAUGUCAUCAGCGGACUCGAGUGAUGUGAUAGAACCACCAAAGAAAAAGAAACGAAAAUCAGAGCUUGAAUUGAGCUCCUCUGUUGUCGGUAGUUUGAUCAAGCUGGCUUUACCUGCAUCCUCGGACGGAGUACAUGUUUCUGCAGAGGACUACAAAGUCAUUGUUGAGACGCCCGUCUCACAUACUUCAUCUAAAUCUUCCCCAACAACCAACCAACAUGAUGCUCUUUCUGUCGCAAUGGACUUGCUCGGGAUUGAUGUGUGGUGUGUAUCGGAAACAAGAAUUCGUGAUGCAAGCAAGGUGUUUGAACUAACCGCUCCAUCAGUCUCCAUUCGCUUCCGGCUACGCACCUCUGGUGAUCCAGAGGCUGCUGUGGCGGGAUGUGUACGGGUUGAUAUCGUCCAAAGUCACCGGAUGGAAAUAACCUUGUUUGACUGGAUACCUGUUGAUAAUCACCUCCGCGCGGUUCGUCUGGCAACGUCUGUGAGGGAGUCUCACAAGUUGCUCGAUGUCUGUCAAUCGUAUCUGCUUACGCCCCAACUGAUUGUAGCACCGACGCCGUCAGACUGGUUUUACGACACUGAAUGCCCUGUUAAACACGUCGCCUCAUAUGUAAACCGGUUUGUUCCCGAUUUGAACGCACUUCUGGUAAAGUUUGAAAAAGAAACCUUACGUCUGUUGACUUCGGAUGAGAAUCCCGGUGUCUCACAUUGUACACUUGUUCCCAUCCGUCCGGAAUUACCAACCUUGUAUAUCCGUGCGCAACUCGCCGUGUCUGUGUUUUCUCCGCGCGUUGGUAUGCAGAUGACAGCCACAGUCUCGGCCUUAAUGUCUCGUUUGAUCAUAUGCAAAACGGAUAUCCCAAAUGUCAGUUUAAGUGUUCCACUUUGUCCGGAAAAUGAUGUAUCCAACGCUAGCUUGAGUUCCGAGAAGAUUAUGGAUACAACAGUAAGGGUAAACGACGUCAUUCGUGUUCGGUUGUCUGCGGUGUCCCUUCAUCCGAACGUAGUGUUGCUUCGUGGUAACCUCAUUGGUGUUCUCUCUAGUGACGCUGACCCGGUUCCAAUGCUAGCUAGUAAGGAUUUGCAUAAUUCGGGUGAUGGAGGUGACAGUUUAUUUGCAAAGGCAAGGAAACGUAGGAAGGCGAUUUCACCGGAUGUCUUGAAAUCGAAUGAAGAAAUGGUAACCAUCAAAAGUGAACCUGAACCCGAACAAUGGAUUCAAAAAAAGCGUCCUUUUACGGAGAAUGAGCAGCCCGUGGACAUGUCAUCAGCGGACUCGAGUGAUGUGAUAGAACCACCAAAGAAAAAGAAACGAAAAUCAGAGCUUGAAUUGAGCUCCUCUGUUGUCGGUAGUUUGAUCAAGCUGGCUUUACCUGCAUCCUCGGACGGAGUACAUGUUUCUGCAGAGGACUACAAAGUCAUUGUUGAGACGCCCCACGUCGCCUCAUAUGUAAACCGGUUUGUUCCCGAUUUGAACGCACUUCUGGUAAAGUUUGAAAAAGAAACCUUACGUCUGUUGACUUCGGAUGAGAAUCCCGGUGUCUCACAUUGUACACUUGUUCCCAUCCGUCCGGAAUUACCAACCUUGUAUAUCCGUGCGCAACUCGCCGUGUCUGUGUUUUCUCCGCGCGUUGGUAUGCAGAUGACAGCCACAGUCUCGGCCUUAAUGUCUCGUUUGAUCAUAUGCAAAACGGAUAUCCCAAAUGUCAGUUUAAGUGUUCCACUUUGUCCGGAAAAUGAUGUAUCCAACGCUAGCUUGAGUUCCGAGAAGAAGAUUAUGGAUACAACAGUAAGGGUAAACGACGUCAUUCGUGUUCGGUUGUCUGCGGUGUCCCUUCAUCCGAACGUAGUGUUGCUUCGUGGUAACCUCAUUGGUGUUCUCUCUAGUGACGCUGACCCGGUUCCAAUGCUAGCUAGUAAGGAUUUGCAUAAUUCGGGUGAUGGAGGUGACAGUUUAUUUGCAAAGGCAAGGAAACGUAGGAAGGCGAUUUCACCGGAUGUCUUGAAAUCGAAUGAAGAAAUGAUAACCAUCAAAAGUGAACCUGAACCCGAACAAUGGAUUCAAAAAAAGCGUCCUUUUACGGAGAAUGAGCAGCCCGUGGACAUGUCAUCAGCGGACUCGAGUGAUGUGAUAGAACCACCAAAGAAAAAGAAACGAAAAUCAGAGCUUGAAUUGAGCUCCUCUGUUGUCGGUAGUUUGAUCAAGCUGGCUUUACCUGCAUCCUCGGACGGAGUACAUGUUUCUGCAGAGGACUACAAAGUCAUUGUUGAGACGCCCGUCUCACAUACUUCAUCUAAAUCUUCCCCAACAACCACUAUGUCUCAAGCCAUCGUGGAUUUAAUUACUUGUCUGAUACCCCAAGCACAUUCUCCUACUUCAAACCCGAGUGCCGAGUUGGCUUUGUGCGUCCAAUCUUAUACCGAGAGAGCUGGUCAAAUUGGAGACCUUUCAGGAGAACUCUCUGAUAAAGAGGUUCACGAGGCAUUUUGUCUUUGUUGUAUUGACUACUUGGAAAGAGUUUCACGGAUUUCUUCAGAACUUGCUACCUCAGGCGACCUCUUGUUCAGUGUGGCUCGUGAGCAGCAGUUGAGAAAAUGUUUGGAAUUCCUUAUUUGCCUCGGCGUGUACCCCAUGCUGGAUAAUGGAGUCGGUUUGCCAUUGAGUAUGCGAUUGGAUUCAGUGGCCUACAACUGUCCGAAUCAAUCAAGAUGCCCCGAUCGCUGUACGAAACUUUUGAAGGUCGCACGGUGCCUUAUCUUUCUCCGAGAAUCCAAACUAGUACAGUUGAAUCGCCUUAUGUCACCCGGAGUGUUUCUGGGUGAUCUUAUCACGUGUUUGGUUCAAAUCGCUCACGGACCCGUGGGUCUGGCUCCAACUGUAGACGGGCAGCUGCUCUCAGAGCAACGUAAAGCUUCUGCUGAAGCUAGAAAACAGUUAUGGAAAUUACUGUGUGAUCUACCGCGCCAUGUUGCUAUGAAAGAACUACUUAUCUUACAAGGUGGUGCCACAGGUGUUGUUAAGGUUAAAGGUUCCGUCCAAUUACCGUCAGCUCCUCGCUGGCUUCAAAAGAUAUGUGGAGGGCUGUUGUCUCGGUUACUUGUGCGUCCCUAUGGGUUCACUCAGGCUCCUGCUAGAUCGGGUGUGAAGGACUUGCUGUUGGCUACCGCUUCCCUUGCGCCCGGAGUAAUUUCAUCCACUUCCUCUGCUGGAUGCAUAAACUCUCUCGACCCACGACUGCAACCUGCUGUUGCCCAAGCUCUGGCCAGUAUAUUCACCACCACGCCGUCUUUUCUAAUCAAGCCAGCAGAACAAUCAGUUGGUGUGGUUCAACUGGAUUACAAUUCAGCCAUUGCGGCCCAGAUAUUGGAACUAUUCGACCUAAAGGAACAAAGGCAAUUCAACACUUCCACGGAUCAGAAUAAAAUGUCCGAUUCUCUCAUUCAGUUUGCCUACUUGGUGGCACUCACUACGGCCCAUGAAUUUUGCACACGUUAUCCCGAUCUAGGAAAGCAGCUCUACCUUUCUCCUCUUAUUGGCAUGCUAAGGCGCUUAGUCAUCCGGCCCGACGAUGUCUCUACUCCUACUGUUGCCGAGACUUCUACUGUCCCGGACUUAACCGAUGAAUGUGAACUGGUCACAGCUGCUGAGCUGAGAAAGAUACUUGAUGUCCUGAGAGAUCUUCUUGCCGUUCCAACGCCCUCCCAGACUGUACUCCUCGAAGCGCUUGAGCUAUCCCAACCGUUAUUUUGUCUACUUGUGCAAAUCAAAGCAGAUUCCGACGACGUUGACACAAAUCCCGAGUUCUCGUUCCAAUCCUCUCAGAGCACCAAUCAAACUAGUUCCCUCAAGUCAUUGCUCCUAGGAAUCCUUUCGCGUUUGCUGUCGUGUGUCACAGAAUCUCGAUCGGGUCACCUGAACAUCAUUCGGCAGUGGCUUGAACUACCCCCAACAACGCUAUCGUUUGUUACUCAAUCAAACAGUACGACAGAUACGCUGGAAAAUCGUCCUCUCACCAUAUGCCCCGUGCAUCCUCGACUGAAAUUCCGGCCACCACAACUAGUACGCGUCAUGGAUGACGAACAAAAUUUGGACCGAUCAGACUAUCGUGCGGUUCUGACAAGAGAAGGUGUGCCAAUAACCCAUCAACCGGAAAUGCUCACGCCUUUGGUGUCAGUAAUUAUUGAUAUGUUACAAUUUGUCAAUCCACGGCAAGCGAAACCUAAUGAAUCGAAUGGACGAAGCGUCCCACAUUCUCAGAUAAUUACUGCGUGCGCCACUGAUGGAGAUGUGGCAAAGCGCGAGCUACCCACGAUUUCGGCAGACUUAUUCAUCAGCCUGAUCGCUGAUCUGAAUGAUAACUUGAGGCCUCUUAUCCAACGACCUUCACCAGAGGUAGGUAUUCUACCAUUUAAUGAAGUCGGAGAUAUAUCGGUCGAGAAGAGCGCAAAAACAGGCAUCCUUUCUUCGCUUCUGGCUGCUGCAAUGCUGGAUUGUCUUGGGGAUCAAAUAUGGCCCGACGAGCCGGAGCAAGUUGUAAAUCUACUCGAGAUGACUCUUUCUCGACUGUAUAUGUUGAUGAGCAGACGCAUCGAAGCGGAAAUGGAAGAACUUUUGCUUGAAACACUGAGCCAAAUUUUAGGGAUUUUGGCCUUCUACACACAACGGUUGAAGCCUGGUGAAACAAAUAUCACAGACCAGUUUGGAAGAUUGCUGCCUAUUUUAUCUGACAUGGAAACCGAAAUUCGUGCCAAUUCAGUCGUUGCCAGUCGUGCGCAAUUGGAACUGUUACACUGUCUUCGUGUCAUGUUGGCCACACGUGGAGCAGUUGAUCUGACAAACAGCAAGGUUGAUUCUGUCCAACCUGAUCCGACGGCUUUAAAAUCUCCAAGUCCAGACAGGAUUAUAUCCGAAGCUAACCACAACGUGAUUGAAGAGAUUCUGCCAUCGGACUCCCAAACAUCGUCAGCGGUGAAUGGUGAAGAACCCUUAGAUCCUGAGCUUGAAGAAGCUUUUGAGCAAUUGAAAGACCCACUUGUACCUGUUCGUGGUCAUGCCCUUAUUUCUUUAAGUCGGCUUCUGGAAUCUCGGCACAAAUGCACCAUUGGCAAAGAGGAACGAAUAUUCCAGGUAUUAUUUCAUCACCUAUCAGAUGAGGACAGCUACGUUUAUUUGAAUGCUAUUCGUGGUCUGGCCGCGUUGGGUCACAGUUUAACUGAUCGAACUCUCACUGCACUGCUCGACCGAUUCCGUCAGUUAUGCAUACCCGUUUCAGGAAAGGAGCCUUCUCAACAGACUUCCCAUAACAGUCGUGUGGAAUUUAUAUUGAAACUAGGCGAGGCUAUAAUGCGAAUUUUACGAGACCUCGGUUAUAUGGCCCCAAAGUAUCGCACGCAAGUCUUGCACUGUAUGACCGUGGGCAGCAGAGACACGGAGCCGCUUGUGCGUGCGGCAAGUCUGUCCAAUGUGACAGAACUCUGUCGUCUCUUAAGACAUGCAAUGGGACCGAUAGUCUAUGAGAUUUUCUACCUGAUCGAACUACACCUUACUCAGGAUCAUUCACCAUCCGUCAGACAGGCAGCUGCCAACCUUGCUCGUGCUUUUUUCCUUGAAGAACAACUCCCCGAUUGGUUAGCACCGGAUGUGAUUCGGGAUCUCAAUCGACUGUUAUCUAACAGAAGUAAAAUCGAAAGGGAUCCCUGUGUCCUCGAACAACUUGAAGCGGCAUUGGGACAACUGGACAAAUGUACCCGAUCCAGUGUGUUCUUAAAACCGCUGACACCCGAAAGUCUUUUGAAAGAGAUUCGCAUUUCGAGACCAUUUUGAGCACAUUAUUUUACCGUGUACAGUAAUACACUCUGAUUCUUUCAACUAGUUAAUUUGGUACUCAAUUUCUU